CCUUAAUAUAAACACAUUAAGUGUCCCUCUUCUUGUCUCACACUUUCACUACUUCAUCACAAACACUUCUUCAAUUCUAUUCAAACAAAUUCUCAUAGUUAUUAUGGAUAACAACCACCAUGACCACUACAAUAAUAAAACUUCCCAAACACGCCUUAAACUCUUUGGCUUCAACGUCCAAGAAGACGAAACCAUGCAUGAUAAUAAUUUUCAUGACUCCUCAACAACCAAACCAACUUCCUCUUCAACUUCAACUUCUCCAUCAAGAUCACCAGACUCCACCGUCGGUGAAACUUUUCCACCUUCCUCCGGUGAAAGAAAAUACGAGUGUCAAUAUUGUUGUAGAGAAUUUGCAAAUUCACAAGCACUUGGUGGACACCAAAACGCACAUAAAAAAGAACGUCAACAACUUAAACGUGCUCAAUUACAAGCUAACCGAAACGCCGCCGUUUCGUUCGUUCGAAAUCCUAUCAUCUCCGCCUUCGCUCCUGCGCCUCAUCUAUUAGCUCCGCCGGGGUCCAUGAUGGUUCCAUCUUCAACUUCUUCGUGGGUUUACGUUCCACCACGAUCCGCUCCUCCUCCGUUCCACGUGUCAGUAUCACACGGUUGUGUUUUCCCGUCGGUGAACGGAACCACCAUGAUGAGCGGUGGUGGUAACAAUAAUAAUAGUAAUAAUAGUAAUCAUAAUAUUGGUGUAAGAGGGGUGAAAUCUGCGGGUGCAGGGAUGUUUCCGUGUGUUGGCGUUGUAGGGGAUUCUACGUCUACAUUGUCAACGAUGCAGGUACAAGCCCGGGCCCACCAUGUCAGGAUGGAUGGGCCAUGUUUGAGUAGGUUCUCAAAAGGUGAUAGCGGGCCCAAUUUUGAUGAUGCAUUGGGCUUGGAUUUGCAUCUUAGUCUUGCGCCGGCUGUGAAUCGAUCUUACGGCUCGGCUCAGCUUGGUUUUUCUAGAUACUCAUCUUAAUAUGGCUGCUUGUACAUUUUUUAUUUAUUUUCUUUUUUUUUUUAGCUUUUUUAAGCAAAUUAUUUCACUCGGUACACAUUUUAACAACUGCUAUCUGUUUUUUUUUCCUUCAUUAUUAUUAUUAUUAAAAAAAAUUUGCAUACGAUCCAUUUACAUUUGUAAUUAGUUGAAUAAUUUUGAACUAUUCCUAGUUUAAUUUGAACAAGUAAACAGAUAAAAAAAACUAUAACCAACAAGACUAGUGAUUAAGAAAACUAUGAUGAGCCGACUUAUUUGAUGAAUCUUCAUUAUUGUCCAUUUCAUUGUUUUGUAUUAAUGAAAAAAUGGUUGCUUUUAAAUUUGUUUAUAUCUUGAAGAAGGAAAAAAAAAGGUGCAUUACUUUUUAGUUGGAA